GAAGUGCAAAAAAAAAAUGCGUCCAUUUAACACAAAAGUCCUUCUCCCUGUUGUGGUAGCAGCAGGAGUGAAUCCAGAGCCAGCAGUCCUGGCUCCCAUUCCUGGCACUGGGAGAGGGGUAUGGUCCAGUGGUUGGAUCAGGGAAAAUGGGAAUUUAGACUGCUGGGUUCUGCCCUGACUCAUUGUGUGAACUUGCGGAAAUUAACUUUCCCUUUGUCUCCAUUUCCCCAUCUUUAAGAGGGGCAGAAUAUCUCCCAUCAGGGGAUGCUGAGGUUGUUUGUCUUUAUAAAAUGCUUUGAGACCUGCAGGUGGAGAGCUCUACAGAAGGGCAAAGUAUUUGGAACAACUUCCACAACUACACAUAAAGGACCUGUAAAAGCCAGUGUUGUGAUGACAGUACAAACACCCACCAGCCAUGGACUUACCAGGACUCCGGUAUGCCAGCAUGGACCAUUAGUACUCAGUCACCUGACUGAGCCCAGCUCUUGCAUCAGAUUUUUGAGUUGCAAGUCCCUGCGUGAACGGGAAGCCAUUAGAAAUCCCUGCUCUUCCUUUAAAUAGGCUAAGCCUGUUUCCCAAUCCUGUAUGGAAAUAGCUGGGUCCAGUUCCCAUUUGGUCCAAGCAGGUGGUGCUGGUGUGAAGUCAAUGGAGUUGUAGUUGCUUAGGCCAGGUCUCACUCAAAUUGCCUCGUGUUAGAGUUCGUAUUCAGCACCUGCUGGAUCCCAUUGAAGGGCAGCGAUCUGCUAGAGCAAACACUUAUAAAUCUGCACCUGCAGUAAAGGCUUUGGUUUCUUUGGCUCCUGGCACGUUAUGGCUUCACAUUCAGAAAGGAGCAGGUACAUUCAGUGUGAACGAGCUUCCUUCUACAGCAGGGGAAAUAACUGAGCAAGAAAGAACCAAUGGAAAGUCUUUGGGGCGAGCGCAGUGUGUGUGACUGGUUCUGUAAGCACAGUGGCCUCUCAGCACUGCUCCAGGCAAGCUCGCUGUAUCAAAGCCCAGGAUGCAGACCACAGUUGUAGUAGUCAGAGCACCGAGUGAAUAACUGACUUUUUGAUUCAGUGGCCAAAAUGCAAAAAAAGAAAAGAAAAGAAAAGAAAAGAAAUGGGGGGAGUGUUUGAAAGUAUUUCCCAGAUUUGCCCUGGAUUUAUGAAAAAUACACUUUUUGGCAAUAUUUGUUACCCAGCUUCAGUGUGUGCCUCAUGUAGUUCCUUCCCCGUCAGCCCCCAGUGAUGACACUAUGUCCUCCAGAACAGCGAGUGCUGUGAGUUGGGCUGGACUGUGGGUUCCAAUCUGGAUCCAAACUCCCCAGAAGCUCAGUGGUGGCUGGAUCCAGAGGGUCGAUUUCAGCCUGCUUCUCAGUUAUUCAGAACAAGUGGCAGAAGUAGGCAGAGCGCUCUUGCUCACCCCAGUUUGCAGGCGGUCUCUCCACUGACUGUCUGUGCCUUGUGGCUGGUAUCUGCACUGGAGCAGGCUGCCGGUUUGCUCAGCCAGAGGGACUGUGAUGGGCAGCCCAGGGCAGAGCAGGGGUGUUGCCGCCUCCUGAGGGUUUUCUGGCUGAGUUUAUAAAUUGUCUCUCAUUAGUCAGCAGGGGUUUGCUCAGGAAAGUGACAAGGUCAAGACAAGAGCAGCUGCCUGGGACUGCAGCUUCAUCCAGCUGUUCCCUGCAACGGGCACCCACGCGUGCUGGAGAGGCGAGUCCUUUUGGCUUGGACACACCACAGGCUCCCAGCUCACAGGCCAGGGAGCCGGGGACUUCUCCGCACUGCAGAAGGAGCCACGCACAGAGGAGCGGGGCCUGCUGCAGCUGAGCUCCGCUUGACAAGGCACAUCAGCGUUGCUAUGACCUCCAAUACCAGUGCAGGGAACAGCUCCAGCUCUGAGCUAAGUGACCUCUUCCUCCUCCAAUCCAGGAGGCUCUUUGCUUCCAUCUACUUUCUCAUUUUCCUGCUGGGCAUGCCUGGGAAUGUCCUGCUGCUCCUGGUCCUGAUCCCAGACUUCAUGAGAACCGGUGCCAACCACCUCUCCCGCUUGACUGGGCCCCUGCAGGUCAAUAUUGCUCUCCUGGACCUCCUCUUCUUCCUCUACAACGUCCCAGUGAUGUUCGGCAACGUGCUCUUUGAGGGCUGGCACUUGGGCUACAUGGUGUGCGUCACCUACAACAGCCUGUCCCUCUUCAUCAUCUUUGCCGAUUUCUACAGCCUGUUGGCAGUUUCCCUGCUGCGCUACAUGGCGGUGAUCCACCCCACACGUACCCUGGCUGUGUCCCAGAGGCUCAUCGCCUGGGCCUGCAUGUUUAUAUGGGCACUCAGCUUCCUCUUCUCCAUCCCCUUGUGGAUUCACUACACAACGGUGGAGAUGGAGGGGGAGACGUACUGCAUGAACCAAAUGCCCAAGCAGCAGUUGUCUCUUUACUUCAGGCUCCUGGGGGGCAUGGCGUUCCUCCCCCCCAUGCUAGUGAUGAUCCUCUGCUACUCCAGCAUCAUCUUCACCCUGUGGAUUAGGAGGGGGCUGGCUGUCCACACGGCCUCCAGCCUCCAGGUUAACAGGCGUGCCACAGUCAUGGCUCUGGUCACCGUAGUGACCUUUGUGGUUAUGUGGGUCCCCUACUGGCUGGUGGUUUUCCUCAUGAAGGAUGAUGAGUGGCUCACCACAGGCCCCACAUACCUGGCAUCAAACCUGACCACCCUGCUGGCCUACGCCAACUUCUGCAUCAACCCCAUCAUCUGCUUCAGCCUCUCCAGCCAGGGUCAAGCUGGGCUGAGGAAGCUCGUGAGGUGGACAGGAUGCUGCCUAUAGCCGGGGUGCUCCACAGACAUGGUCAGGAUGGAAGCUGCGGGUGGCGAGGGAGGAGCGUUGUAGGGGCUGACGGGGCUGGGAUGAGGAAAACAUCGAGAAGGUGUGACGCUCUCGGUCCUAGCUACAUGUGACCAUGCCUGCUCUGGACCGGUCCCGGUCCCGGUCCCUUUCUCGUGUGCCUGGGCCACACGUAGAGAGGGUGAGCUGGGCCUCAUCACUCAAGCAUGAGCCUCUACUGCCUGUAGGGCCAGAGGUCCCAGGUUCAGUCCCCAUGGCUGCUGGGUGUGUAAUAGUGAACACGCUGGAUUAGCUCUUCACCCCAGACUGUGCCAUCCCCAGAUGGCUCUGUAGACACCCGGCCUGCCAGACGCGGUGAAGAAGCCAGCAGGGCGGGCAGCCCGACGGGCUGAGAACCAAGUGCAUCCUGUUGUAUGGGGUAAGCUGCUGCCUCAGCCUUGCUUGGCUGUCUUGGUGCUCUACAGGAUGUUCCGAGGGGCCAGGGCUGUCUAUUGUCAUGCCCAGCCCGGCUCGAGCAGAGGAGAGGGGCUGGAUGCAGCAAUAGGUGGUGGGCUCUCGGGGCUGCGCUUUGCAGGAGCUCAAGCCGCUGAUUGUCACAGUCCCGUCAAGCCUUAAAAUCUGAUUCUUUAGGCAUUAUUGCACUGUGAUAUUAGCAAUAAAUCAAGGGCCUGGCCCUGCGCUCGUGGGAGGGCCCGAGGGCCCGUAUCAUCUGGUCCUUCUCAUGUGUUAUUGUAGCGCCCAGGAGCCCCAAGUGACAGGCCUGGUACGAGUGCAGAACACACCAUCAGCUCUUUGGGGCAGGUGCUAGCGAGGUAAACGAGGAGCUCCCCAGCCUGCCCCUCCCCUUACUCACUUCGCCCAGCCUUGACAAGAAUUUUGGUCUCUAGUAUGUGCUGUAACUUUAGAUUUGCCCCUAAUUCUAUAGCAGCUUCAUUACCAAAUGUGAAUAAAAAUGAGUGAGGGACAAGAACGUUUCCUUGUUCAGUUCGUUGGGGUGGAUGGGGUGACGCUGGGUUUCUGGAGGCUUUGCGAGAAGUAUCGGCCUGGUCCCUGCCCUCUGUCUGGGGCCCAGAGCCAAAGCCGAAGCUCAAGCCUUAAUG